AUGGACAUCCAAGACUUUGACUACCUCGGAAAACACAUCCUGACCCAGCCGCCGCAGCCACCGCAGAAACCUCCAGCUACAUUCAUCUCUCUACCUCGCAAAGUCCGAGACUGUAUAUACGACUACUACUUUACGCAGUUUUUCAGCAAGACCGAAAAGGCACAAAACGACACAACAAACUUUACAGCCAGAAUCACAUCUGCAUCCUCAUACAACCCACACAUCCAACUCCUCUUCACAACCCGCCAAAUCCACGCCGAAGCUAGCAGCCUCUUCUACACGACGCACUUCAACAAACUCUUCUUUGCGCCUGAAACGCCACGUGCAGCAUACACUCUCAUAAAGAGCCUUGCUCAUCGACAUACACAGUCGUGCUACGGCGAAAUACGCGUUCAGCCAAAUGUGCAUGCGCCAACGGGACUGAGUAUUGUAUCGGGGUAUCGGAACCUCGACGAGGGCAGUCUUUUAGGGGAUGGGUAG